GCAGUUUCAGAAUGACAAUUAUACAGAGUCUAUAAACCAACCAACCUCAAAGCAAACAUAGAAUGUUAAAGACAUAACUCGCAACUGGACUCAGUUAUUAAACACCCAGUCGAAGCAAUUCCAGGUCUCGAUCUCCCCAGUUUUCAGCACUAAUGGCUAAGCCCAGGUCUUCCCGCCUUCCGCCUCGGAAAUCCUCAUCCUCAAUCAUGUUUCUAGCCAUGCUUGUCAUCUUUACCUUCCUCAUUUUGAUUCUUUUGGGCCUCGGAAUCUUUUACAUUCCUAGCGGUGACUCCCGAAAUUCUCCUAAGCCCAACGAUUUGAGCUCCAUUGUGCAUAAUGUCGUCGACAGAAGUUAUGUUGAUGAAGACAGAGGAGAACAGUGGGUUGAAGCCAUCUCUUGGGAGCCUAGAGCUUUUAUCUACCAUAAUUUCUUGUCCAUGGAGGAAUGUGAAUACCUGAUCGAUCUUGCCAAGCCUCAUAUGAAAAAAUCAAAAGUUGUUGAUAGUAAAACCGGGAAGAGUGAAGAUAGUAGGGUACGUACAAGUUCUGGAACAUUUCUACCUAGAGGACGUGAUAAGAUUAUUAAGAGCAUUGAGAAAAGGAUUGCGGAUUUUACCUUCAUACCAGUUGAGCAUGGGGAAGGACUUCAAGUUCUCCACUAUGAAGUUGGCCAAAAAUAUGAGCCUCACUAUGACUACUUCAAGGAUGAGGUCAAUACUAGGAACGGGGGCCAGCGCAUAGCUACUGUCCUUAUGUACCUCUCAGAUGUUGAAGAAGGAGGAGAGACAGUGUUUCCUUCAGCAAAGGGGAACAUCAGUGCUGUGCCUUGGUGGAAUGAAUUAUCUGAAUGUGGAAAGGGAGGACUUUCUGUGAGACCAAAGAUGGGUGAUGCAUUACUUUUUUGGAGCAUGAAGCCUGACGCAACUCUGGAUCUUUCAAGCCUGCAUGGAGGCUGCCCUGUGAUUAGAGGAAAUAAGUGGUCGUCUACAAAAUGGAUGCGUGUCAAUGAGUACAAGGUUUAAACAACCGUUAUACAGAUUGCUGAAGGGACCUGAUUUCUUCUUUGUUAAGAGAAAGGGAACAGAAACCCCUAUUCCUGCAUUUGCCCCUCAAUCUCCCAUUGUUCUUGACACAACUUUCAUGAGGGUAUUCAUGCUAGCCUUGCCUGUAAAUGAUCUUCAUACAUAAUCUUAAAUCCUUCUUUUUUUGGUUCAUAGUUGACAGAACUGACUUGGAUUUCUUACUAUCUUGAGUGUACGCUGGAAAGUUAAAGUAAGAGCUCCAGGGACCAUUGUGUUUCAAGGAUGGGGCAGUGCUUGGCCCUUUCCUCUCUUCAUUUUUUGUGUAGUCGCAGUGGUGUGUUAUCAUGCUUACUUGGAUUCAUGCUCCAACCUUGUUUGUGUUCCUUAUCUUUUUUAAUUUGUUUCUGUUCCAUUUUUUACCUCAGUAAAGCGAUUUAAUAUUUUACUACCACUAUGCAUUCAAAGUGUAAUAAUGCACAAGGACGGAUGAGUAUAAUGACUAUUAAUGAGAAUAAGGAAACUAGUGAUAUAGACAAAAUCAGAUUCCUUUCA